GGACGGGUCAGCAAAGAAACUAGUUUGGUUGGUUAGCUGCUCAGCCACGGCCCAAACCGACGCAAGAUGCAGGUGCUGAGCAAGAUGACUUCGGUGCCCGUCACCUGCCUCGAGUACGUGCAUCCGUGGACGCCGUCAUGCACGCUGGCGACGGCGGAACUCAUGAUCGUCGGCGUGCAAUACUGCCUUCGAAUUUACGCAGCCGUUUAUGCGCUCUCUCUGGCAAUGCGUGGACGCAUUCCGUCCUUACCCGAGUUGACGAAAACGCUGCGUGGUUGGCUACAAUCGACCGUUUUCCUCACAACCAAUGCCUACAGCUACUCCAUGGCCAUGUGUCUGCUGCGGAGAGUUUUGGGCUCGUUUAACUUCUACACCGUCUCGUAUGUGCCUGCCUUUCUGGCUGCUCUUGUUUCCAUCAUGAUAGAACGAUCGUCCCGGCGGGGUAUGCUGGCUCUCUACGUAUCGAAUGUGGCUACCGAAACCUUCUGGAACAUGCUGCAAGCGCGAGGUCUCGUCCGAUCGAUACCGUAUGGAGAGAUCAUUAUCUUCGGAAUUUCGACUUCGGUGCUGAUGUACUGCUUCCGCCGAAACCGCCAGCUGGACUAUCGGGAUUCGAUGUUUGACGUCGUUCGAUUUGCGAUAGGCGACAGUGAGGUGAUGAAACCGGAACCGGUGGCAUCGGUAGAGGGAUCCAGCUCAUCCACGACGGACGGAAAGAAUCGGGCGAACCAGCGAACGAAGAGUCCAAAGUUCCCGUUACCCUUUAUUCAAGCCUUUCUUCAAGCAUACACGCAGUUGACCGGACGCCUGAAAGCCAUGGGAAAGCAUACGCUCUGCCGCCAUCGACACGGUUGCCUCUACGAUACGCUCUCUAGCGGUGCGCGCAUGUUUUCCAUGGGACUGGGCAUCCAAGUUGUGAUGAAAUUAGUGCUGCAGAUGCGCAAGUUCAUUAGCCGGCCGGCAAUGAUACGCAAAACGUUCCUUAACAAGGACAUCGCCAAACUGGGGCUGUUCCUUGGCGGAUUUACUUCUAUUUAUAAGAUGUCUUCCUGUUUGCUUCGUCAUCUAACCAACAGUGAUAGUCCAAUGUUUGCCUUCCCUAGUGGGCUUUUAGCAAGCGUCGCGUUCGCUUUUUACUCUGACAACACCAUUGCCUUGUACGUGAUGUGGAAAACAUUACAGAUUAUAUACAACUGGGGUAUAGAUAAAGGAUAUCUACCAAAGGUGCCCGGUUUUACCGUCCUGCUGUAUGCCACCAGCACCGCUCUGCUCUUCCACGCCGCUACGAUCGAACCAGAAAGCCUGCGGGCAAGUUAUUGGAAGUUUUUGUACUCAAUUUCCGGUGGCAGAAUCACCAUUAUGGAUCGCAGCGGGUUUGAUGUGUACGGGAUGAACACCACCGGGCAGAUACGAAACAUGAUUGAACUAUGCAAAACGCAACCAAUCCUGCAGGGACGAUUGAGCUGAGAGCGAAAACAAAAAAUAAUGCCUUUCUAAAGAAAACAUCACAGAAAUAUAAUUUCUGAACGAUUUCCAAAACCAAGCAAUCUUGGCUGUCCCGUAAGCUGUGAGCUUUGGGUGUCAGAAUGCGUUUUUAAGUUUCAAAGAUUAGUGGACAGGCUCGCGUGGCAUGAAACGGUUUAGCACGAUCAUUUCAAUCACCUUUACCGAUAGAUUACUGCUCCGCAGCUUACGGAUAGUAACGCGUGAAAGAAACCGACGCACUUAACAAAUGCGGGUAUAUAGUCGUAAGAAUUAAAUUCACAGUUAUUUUUUUUUGUUACAUGGGGUGUUUUUGUUGCUUUUUAAUAGUUCAGCACGUGUAUGGUUUCUUCAUUAGCGGAAUUGUACAUGCGUUGCAGGGGUACGCGCAUUGGAAGCUGCGAAGAAAUGUUACGUUUGUAUGCUCCCGACUAUCCGUUGCGUGUCGGAAUAAAUUUGCUUAGAAAUA